AAACAGGACAUAUGACAGAUGAAGAACCGCUGAAAUGCGAACCGCUUUUUUAAUCGGCUGGUUUUUAAUUAACGCCAUUCUUCAGACAGGUCAGCUGGCUCUGAUAGAAACAGAGGAGACUGUGUGGGCAGCAGUGGGAGACCAAGCCUCUCUAAGCUGUCAGCUCACUGGAAACAGAGAAGUCCUCCAGGUCACCUGGCAGAAACUCCUCUCUGAUGGAGAAAUUAAUCUGGCCACCUACACCAAGAAAUUUGGUUCCAGGGUGAGUGCUGGUCUGAAGGAGAAGAUGGAUUUUCAGUAUAAUGGUCUGCAGAGCUGCUCCAUGGUGAUCAGGAAGGUGACGGAGCAGGAUGAAGGCUGCUAUAGAUGUUUGUUUAACACCUAUCCUCUAGGAGCCCUGAUAGGCAGGACCUGCCUCAGACUCUCUGAGCUGCAUGGACCCGUCCUUGAUGUCAGCAGAUCAAGCUCUCCUGCAGGGUCAGUUGUGUCCUGUUCAGCCACAGGUCGACCUGCUCCCACUGUAACACUGACUGCUCCACAGCAGAACCUCAGCUUGUCCCUCUACAACACCACCAGGGUGAGCAACAGCAACGGUACCGUCACCGUCACCACCACAGCUCUGCUGUCAGCUUCCAGCAGCACACAGGUUGGAUGUUCAGUGUCAGUUCUCUCUGCUGCUCCCAGAGAGCUGCUGCUCACCGUUCCUGGACCCUCACACACGUCUGAUCAUGAAUUCUGGGUAAUCGCUGGACUGGUGGUGAUGCUCUGUGUUGCUGCUGUUGCUGUUUUCAUCCCCGUAUUGUUCAGAAAAAAGGCUGAGAACAGAAAACCCAGAAGUUUGGAUGGAGUCCCUAAAUCGCUGGAUUCAUGCCUGAAGGAUCUUCUAGGAAAAAAGCAGAGUCCCUCAGACAAUGCAGCAGUUUCUCACAUCAAGCCUGCAUGUGGCGACAGCGGAGAGGAAAACUUCCCUUUGACAAGAAGGAAACCCAGAAGAUUGGAUGAAGACCUUGACCCUCAGCAAUUAUCAGCCAUAGAUGAGCUUCUAGGGACAUUGGAGAGUGGAGACACACACAGGGAGUCUGAAGAUACACUGAACAAACCUCUAGUGGAGGAACUCCCAGUCGUAGCCAUAACAAUAAACUUCGACUACAAUCCACCUCCUGCAGACGACACAUCAGCUAUAAAGAAUAACCAGCAAUAACCCUAACCCUAACAA